AUGAGUACUUUUGGCAGAAUGUGGCAAAUAGAACGGUGGAGGGAUGUUUGUGGCUGCUGCGUCUCUUUGCUGCAGCUGCGAGACGAGCUAACAGCAGCAGAGGCUGCGCUGCUGCUGCAGACCCUCAGCAGAAGUCCUUGCUGCUGCAGCAGCGAGCAGUUUGCUGCUGUUCUUGCUGCUGUGGUGCCCCGGCUGCAGGUGCUGGCGGAUUCUUUUACUUCUCUGCAGCUGUCUCAAGUGCUUUCUGCUGCUUCAAGGGCCCCCGCAGUGCUGCCUCCUUUCUUUUUCGAAUUUGCUGCUCGCCGUCUCCGUUUGCUGCUUGCUGCUGGGGAGUUCCAGCAGCCGUUUGAACUUGCAAUGGUUCUGAGUGCUGCUGCUAAGCUCAAGCAGCUGGCUACGCCCGAGCUGCUGCAGCAGCUAAGUGCCCAUGUGCAGCGGCUGCUGCGCCGCUGCCGCUUCCCAGUGCGAGACUUGGCGGUGCUGCUUCAGGGCUUUGCUGCAGCAGGGCAUGCAGACCCGCUGCUGUUUGCUUCUGCUGCAGAUGCUGCAAUGAAGGGCCUGGCGGAGGCAACAGCAGUGGACACCGGCAGGCUGCUGCAGGCGUUUGCUGCUGCUGCAGCGCAGCAAACUUCUGCCCUCGCGAAACCGGCUGCUGCUGCAGCAGGCGCAGCAGCCCUUACACCUGCUGUUGUUGCUGCUGAUCCCAGCAGCAACAGCAACAGCAGCAGCAGCAGCAGCAGCGAGGGGCCAGCAAGUGUGUUUGUGGCUGCUCACCGGAGAGUCUUCAAAGAGUGCGUGAAGGCGCUGGGAGACAGAGUCCUUUUUGCUGCUGCAGCAGAGCUGACAGCAGCAGCUCAAGCAGCAGGUUUGGCGCUGCUGCAGUCGCAGGGCGAGGAGGCCCAGGCCCUCAUGGCGCUGCUGCAGCACAUCAGGAGUGCUGCAGUUGGUUCUUUGGGGCUCUUUACUGCGCCUGCUUUGGCUGCUUUGCUGCACACCUUCGCGCGGUGGCGGCUGGAGUUUCCCCCUCGAGAUCUUUUGAAAGUAAUACGAAGAUUGACGCAGCUGUCGAAUGCUGCUGCUCCUGCUGCUGCUGCUGCUGCUGCUGCUGCUGCAGCGACGGCGGACCCUGCUGCUGCGGCGACAGACGUGCCCUGGCACCCUGUGUUUUCCCCUGCUGCUGCUGCAGCAGCUCUAGAUAAUACGACGCGGCUGAGCUGCCUGCACUCGCUGGGGGUGUUGCUGCGGCCUUUUGCUGCUGCUGCUACUGCUGCUGCUGCUGCUGCUGCUGCGGGGGCAACAGCGCCAGCGCGCGGAAACAGCUGCAGUGCAGAAGCAGCUCCAGGGGGCGCUGCGUGCGGGGGCCAGCGGCACCCCUCCGUAGCAGCAGCAGCAGCAGCAGCAACAGCAGCAGCAGGACGGGAAGGGAGCACGCAGUUCGUGCGUCUGCCUGCUGCUGCUGCUGCUGCUGCUGCUGCUGCGCCCGAGGCAGCAGAGGCCCUUGCUGCUGGGGAUGCUUUAUUUGGCGAGUGGAUGGACUUUGUCUUAAUUUCUUACGCGGCGCAAAUAAACAAAGAAAAGGAAAUAAAUAACAGCAGGGGCCAGCAGCAGCAGCAGCAGCAGCAGCAGCAGCAAAAGAACAUUCAGCCUCUACUAAGGCUCGCAGAGACUCUCGCCAACUGCACGUUCUUCAGCAGUAGCCGGCGCUUUGCUGCCCCGCUGCAGCAGCUGCUGCUGCAGCAGCACGCAGCAGUUGACGCUGCUGCUGCAGCAAAGCUGCUGCAGCAUUUCAAGGCCUUGGGCUUUGCAGAGGAAGACGAUGUGCUGCUGCUGCUCCACGAGAAGGCGCAGGCGCUGCAGCCAGACGCGCCAGCAGCAGCAGCAGCAACAGCAGCAGCAGCAGCAGCAGCAGCAGCAUAUGGAGGAGCGGGAUGCGAAGACACUACAGAGUUCCCUCCAACAGCAGAUAAGUUGCUGCUCCUUUAUCCUCCCGCAGCGGGGGGCAGCCGCACCUAA